AUGAUGAUGGAUUACACGUUGUCCACGUCGGUCGAAGAUUUGGGCCAGCUUGCGGCGCUCGGCGGCAGUCCGAUGGUGGGAUGUUCAACCAACAACGACAGCGGCUUCGCCACCCGGCACACUGUCAUCAUAGAAGUGGUGGAAGGACUCGAAUUCGAGGGCGGAGGCGACCGCCGGUACUACGUCAAGCUCAGCCUCGAGAACGCACAGUGGCACACGCAACCUUCGCUCAAGUCGCGCAACCCGGCCUGGCGCGAGUACUUCAUCGGGGAGUUUGUGGGCACGAAGCUGGAGUCGCCGUCGAUCGUGAUCCGGGUCAAGUACCGCGGCCGCGCGCGGAAGCACCACUUUGGGAUGUGCAAGAUUCCGCUGCUCUCCGUGUCGGGCACCGAGUCGCAGGACCGG